CUGCGGGAGCCGGGCCGGCCGCGGGGAGCAGCGAGCGGGAGCCGGGCCCCGUGCCGAGGAUGCUGCUGCUGCUGCUGUGGUUGCUGCCGCUGGCGUGGCCUGGUGAGGGCUCCCAGCGUGGCGAACCGAUGUUCACAGCCGUCACCAGCCAUGUCCUCCCGCCCGACUACGACAGCAACCCCACGCAGCUCAACUACGGCGUGGCCGUCACCGACGUGGACGCCGACGGGGACUUGGAGAUCGUGGUGGCAGGGUACAAUGGACCCAACCUGGUGCUGAAGUAUGACCGGGCGCGGCAGCGGCUGGUGAACCUGGCGCGGGACGAGCGCAGCUCCCCGUACUACGCGCUGCGGGAUCGCCAGGGCAACGCCAUCGGGGUGACGGCCUGCGACAUCGACGGGGACGGGCGCGAGGAGAUCUACUUCCUCAACACCAACAACGCCUUCUCGGGCCUGGCCACCUACACGGACAAGCUGUUCAAGUUCCGGGCCGGGCGCUGGGAGGACCUCCUGGGCGACGAGGUGAACCGGGCAGUGGCCAGCCGCUUUGCCGGGCGCUCGGUGGCCUGCGUGGACAGGGCGGGCUCCGGCCGAUACGCCAUCUACAUCGCCAACUAUGCCAACGGCAACCUGGGCCCCCACGCACUGCUGGAGAUGGACGUGGCCGCCAGCGACCCUGCCCGUGGCAUCGUGGUGCUGACCGACGUCGCUGCCGAGGCCGGGGUCAACAAAUACACAGGUGGCCGGGGGGUGGCCGUGGGCCCCAUCCUGAGUGCCAGCGCCUCGGACAUAUUCUGCGAUAACGAGAAUGGGCCCAACUUCCUCUUCCACAACCAGGGGGACGGCAGCUUCGUCGACGUGGCUGCCAGCGCCGGCCUGGAUGACCCCUACCAGCACGGCCGCGGCGUGGCCCUGGCUGACUUCAACCGCGACGGCAAAGUGGACAUCGUCUACGGCAACUGGAAUGGGCCCCACCGCCUCUACCUGCAGACGAGCGCCAGUGGGCGGGUCCGCUUCCGGGACAUCGCCACGCCCAAGUUCUCCAUGCCCUCCCCCGUCCGCACCGUCCUCGCGGCCGACUUCGACAACAACCAGGAGCUGGAGUUGUUCUUCAACAACAUCGCGUACCGGGGCUCCUCCGCCAACCGCCUCUUCCGGAUCAUCCGCAGGGAGCACUUGGACCCCGUGAUCGAGGAGCUGAACCCAGGAGAUGCCAUGGAGCCCGAGGGCCGGGGCACUGGGGGUGCGGUGACUGACUUCGAUGGCGAUGGGCUACUGGACCUGAUCCUGUCCCAUGGCGAGUCCAUGGCGCAGCCGCUCUCCGUCUUCAGGGGCACCCAGGGCGCUGGCAAUAACUGGCUCCGCGUCAUCCCGCGCACCCGCUUCGGGGCCUUUGCGCGGGGGGCCAGGGUGGUGCUGUUCACCCGGCGCAGCGGGGCGCACCUGCGCAUCAUCGACGGCGGCUCGGGCUACCUGUGCGAGAUGGAGCCCGUGGCGCACUUCGGCCUAGGCCGGGACGAAGCCAGCAGCCUGGAGGUGACGUGGCCGGACGGCAGGGUCGUGACCCGGGCUGUGGCCAGCAGCGAGACCAACUCGAUGCUGGAGAUCCCCUACCCCCAGGGUGCUGAGGGGCAGCUCCCGCCCACCUCGCUGGAGUGUGGCCAGGGAUUCUCCCAGCACCAGAACGGACGCUGUGUUGACACGGACGAGUGUGCCGAGUUCCCCUUCGUGUGCCCCCGGGAAAAGCCGCUCUGCAGCAACACGUACGGCGGGUACCGGUGCCACAGCAACAGGCGCUGCAGCCGGGGCUUCGAGCCCAGCGAGGACGGCACGGCCUGCGUGGCGCAAGUGGCCUUUUUCGGUGGAUACCCCUCUGCAGGGAGCCGGCUCUGGGCCUGGCGCCCCCCGAGCUCCCUCCUCCCGCUGGGCCUCGGACUCUGCCUUCACUUCUGUGCACUUUAACCUUUGCCAGUGACCGGCCGGAACCAGCCUGGACUGUCUCUGCCUCUCCGGCCCCACUCCGCCUCUCUGUCCUCCGCCUCUCUGCCCCUUUCCCUCCACCCUGUCCAAUGCCCCUCGAUGCGCUGGCUGGGCCGGGGCCACCCGGGCCACAGCAGAGCCGUGUGCCAAUCCCCCCUUGCAUGUUUUCUGAGAAGCGCCCCGUGACCCGUCAGCGCCCCCCAUGGGAGCUGGGCCCUUGACAAAGAUGGUGGCUCCGGGGUCCCCGUGACCCGUCAGCGCCCCCAUGGGAGCUGGGCCCUUGACAAAGAUGGUGGCUCCAGGGUCCCCGUGACCCGUCAGCGCCCCCCAUGGGAGCUGGGCCCUUGACAAAGAUGGUGGCUCCAGGGUCCCCGUGACCCGUCAGCGCCCCCCAUGGGAGCUGGGCCCUUGGCAAAGAUGGUGGCUCCGGGGUCCCCGUGACCCGUCAGCGCCCCCAUGGGAGCUGGGCCCUUGACAAAGAUGGUGGCUCCAGGGUCCCCGUGACCCGUCAGCGCCCCCCAUGGGAGCUGGGCCCUUGGCAAAGAUGGUGGCUACGGGGUCCCCGUGACCCAUCAGCGCCCCCAUGGGAGCUGGGCCCUUGGCAAAGAUGGUGGCUCCGGGGUCCCCGUGACCCGUCAGCGCCCCCCCAUGGGAGCUGGGCCCUUGGCAAAGAUGGUGGCUCUGGGGUCCCUGUGACCCGUCAGUGCCCCCCAUGGGAGCUGGGCCCUUGCAAAGAUGGUGGCUCCGGGGUCCCCGUGACCCGUCAGCGCCCCCAUGGGAGCUGGGCCCUUGGCAAAGAUGGCGGCUCCGGGGUCCCCGUGACCCGUCAGCGCCCCCAUGGGAGCUGGGCCCUUGACAAAGAUGGUGGCUCUGGGGUCCCCAUGACCCGUCAGCGCCCCCC